CUCGCGUUCAAUAUCAAUUCUAUCCGGCUAGAGGUCUCCAUCUGUAUCACCUUUUCGAUCUUUUCUUUUGACCAGCAAUUGGCUUCAUCGCCGGAUCCGAUAUUCACCUGGAAGACCUCGACGAAAUGAUUCUGGCCCCUUCUGCACCCCCGCCACCGUCCAUGUCUCCAGAGAGACCCGCUGGGAGCAGAGCACUCUCUCCGGUACGCUUUCCGGAGGAAACCCAAGAUGACAAUGAAAACACUUUUCAAGCGCAGGGUCAAGGUGCACGCCUGACAAUACCCCACGUCGUCCUUGAAGAGAAUAAUAUACCUUUCGCCAUGGCGGCUAGCCUUGCGACGUCUUUGUUAGGGCACGUCUUGUUCCUCAAAUCUCAGAUCCCAUUCCCUGUUGUACAGCUGGCACGUAUGCCAGGUGGUAGCAGCGAUCCGCGCACAGCAAAGAAGCGAGCAGAAUUGCUGGCAGCAUUUGACACGCUAUCGUCACAUCUCCGCACGACCUUCUCAGCCCUUUCUAGUGCAAUGUCACAACGGAAGGGGAAACGAUCCGAGAAUGAGAGUCCAUCGAAGGCCGGAUCCGCAUACCUUGCAUUCGUCUUGGGUCCGAGUGUAGGAGCUGCACGGGCAAAGGUGGUUCUCGUAGUGGAUGGACUGGAUGUUAAGGUAAUGAGGCAGAAGGAUGAGACGACGAGCGGGCUGGACAGUGUGGCGACUACUGACAAUGAGAGUCCGGACAGGCUUGAUCAAGAUCAGUCGAAGGACGGCAGGCUGACGCGCGAUGUCCGCAAUAGCAGAACAGGGACAUACUUUGAUGACGAGGGCAGUAGCGAAGAAGACAACGCCGAUGCAACAGAUGAUGAGGGAAGCAUAUCGUCCGAGAUAGCCACAGACCCCCCCGCCUCUCGUUCGCCUUCACCAUCUCCUUCGCCCUUCCAGUCUCCGCGUCAGUCAUUUGUUCCGUUCCAGGAUCAAGUUACGACGCCGCCGCCCUCGAAGACACCCUUAUGGCCAUCAGCUUUGUCAUCAGGACCUCUUUCAUCACCUUCCUCGUUAUCCAAGGAAGCCACAGAGACCGUUCACUGUCAUCCAUCUUCAUUAUCUGAGCCAGCUACUGCAUCUUCUUUUCGGACGUUCAUCCCUUUUCGAGAUCAAGAAUCGAUGCUGCCACAAACAUCACCUUUACGGCAGUUACCUUUGUCCUCACCACCUCUUACACCGCCCUCUCAACCUCGAGUUUGGGCAAUCACUCCAUUCCAAGAUAGCGAUGACAGGACACCGGAAAGGACACCUCUUCGACCACUGCCUUUGAUCUCACAAAUCCCUUCACAGAAUCAUCUCGCUACUCUUAUCAAGACCGACUUGCAUGAGGAGGAGCAAAACCGCAAGCCACUAGGGCGGACUCCCCUGAAAGUCUUGUCCUCACACCCUGCCUCGCAGAGCCAACCCGCCACACCUGCGAAAUUCAAUACUUUAACCGAAGACCAGAAGAAGAUACGAGCAGCUGAGCGUCUUCUCUCGCGAACGCUAGCUAACGCAUGUGCUGAAGAUGAAGGAGGCAUGUCUUGCGAGCUUGCGCCGACACACGCGCAUGUCCUGCUGCGUGCGCCGCGGAGGUUUGUGCAUCCCGCGUGGGUUCCAAAGCAGAAUUUGACGCGCUCGCUUGAGGGAAUGCUGCAGACGUUCUUGGAAGAGGCGCGCUGCAUGGAAGGCUCGCGUCAAGAUAAGCGCUCUGGGGCGAGGAAGGGCGUAAAGACGGAAGGCGUGUGGGUCUCUUGUCGCGGAGGCGAGAUCAACCCUGACGUGAAGCUCAAUGUACGAGAGAAUCAAGAUGAGGAGGAUGAAGACGAGGAGGAGGACGAGAUGAUAUGGUGGGCAUGGGACGGAAAGAUUAUUGGGUUCGCGGAUUGGUGACGUUUCAAUGAGACGGUCGUACCAUGCAUGCUAUGUUCGGAGAUGGCGACUUCAGCAUUCCCAACUAUUCACGGAACAGACAUGUAUUGCUAGUCACAAGUCUACAUAAUGAUAAUAGAUUUUCAGUGGAA